UUAUCCAGGACGGAAGUAACGCCCACUCCAACCUCAUUUUACUCAAAAAAUGAAAAGUAACUUCCCUGUUUUUCAAUUUAUACUCUGGGCACGCAUGCUUGUUGGUACAGUACCUGUACCAGGAUAAUCUGUAUAUUGAAGACAACCUUUGAACGCAAGAUGGGCUACAUGCAGGUCAAGCAACAGACGCCAACCAUGCUUCACCUGAAGAGGUCCCCAGGCAUCCGCUCCUGGGCCCUGCUUGUUGGCAUCGCAUCCAUUGGCCUGGCUGCUGCACACUACAGUUCAGACAGCCUCUUGUGGAGGCUGUUCUAUGUGGGAGGCUGCCUCUUCGUGGCUCUGCAGAACAUGGAGGAGUGGGAGGAGGCUGUGUUCGACAAGUCCAAGGACGUGAUUGAGCUGAGGACUUCCAGCCUCUACGCCAUGAUCCUCACGCUCUGGAGGAGAGGGCAGGAGAAAGUGGUGCUGAACAUGGCCCACCUGAGUGACGUGUGUGUGCAGGAGGAGAGGGUGCGCUACCUGGGGAAGGGCUACCUGGUGGUGCUGAGGCUGGCUACGGGCUUCUCCUACCCGCUCACGCAGAGCGCUACGCUGGGCUCACACAGUGAUGUGGAGGCCGUGGCCGCGUUGCUGAUCCGCUUCCUGGGCCUGGAGGACCUGAGGCGACGCUGGGAGAGAGAGGAGCGAGGGAGGGACGAGGAAGCGCUGGCAGCGGCACCCAGAGAAGAAGCGAAUCAGGAAGUUGACGCCAACCACAGCAGUGACUCGGACGAGCAACCCUUUUAACCUUUCAGGAACCUCUGACCUGAGUUUUGACCUUGGAAAUGAAUCAUGGACAGGGUGGAUGUUUUCCCUAAGCACUGGUCCAGGGUCAGAUGUUACGUUCAUCCUCCUGUGUUUGGGGUCAGGGGGAACGGUAAUCUGAUCCUGGGUUUGAGUUUACAGGACGCCUUGUACACCUACCCUGGAAAGGGGGAAAGAGAUGAAACUAUGAAAAGAGAGAUUCUGGCCUUUACUGCCCUCGUUAUGGUCAAACAACAUUCCUCGAUGAUGCAUCAACUGACUACACCUUCCCUCCUUCAGAACAACCAGUAAGGUUUAUGAAGGGCAUUGAGACACAUUCUUUUGUAUAUUUACAUUUCUAUCAAGUUCCAUUUGGUGUGUACUGCCUUACAUAGGCGACUCACAAACCUAUGGGGGUGGUGGAGCAGUCUUGAAUGACCUCACGCUGUCUAAAACAUUCCAGAGGUAAAUGCCAUCCACAUCUUCUAACUGCCUUGUGACUUAACUGGCUUAAGUAUCAUUUUAUGGAAAAUGUCAAUUUGAGGUAUUUCAUUUAUUUUUUAUUCAGACCACCCAGUUGACAAUCUCUACGUGUCAGUGCGUAGUGCUGUCAUUGGCUAAAUGCAUGUGACUGUAAACUAUAAUCAAGCAUGGCUAAGAUGAGAAUGUUUGCUUGUGAUCUCUGUGAAAGUUUAACCACUUCAAUCUGGUUCUCCUGACUGGGUCAGUUGGAGAGAGGAAUACAUCUGUCUCCCAUUUCUAAUUACAAUAAGAAAUGCAAAACCUCAGGUUAUACACUUGUUGAAAUAAUGUUUUCAAUUCUGAAAGGGGUGAUGUUUUUUUCUGUUUAUGUACGGUCAAUGUGAAUGUCAAUUCUUAUCAAACCUAAUUGUGAUUUUAUCAUCUCAAUUCAGAUGCACCUUUUUGAUUUGUUUACAUUUAUUUUAAUAAAACGUGUUUAUUAACCUUG